AUGCUCACCCAGUCCCUCCCCACAGCGCCGCUGCCCCCGGCCCCCGACCUGCAAGAGGCCGAGGUCCCCAUUGUGAGGGCCCGAGCUUGCGAGAGGAUGUAUCACAAAGGCCCCACUGCCCACGGCCAGGGCACCAUCAUCAAGGCUGCCAUGCCGUGUGCAGGGAGGAAGGGGCAGGGUUCCUGCCAGGCAGAGGAGCCACUGUGGGUGUGGGUCCCCAUGGCUGCCCCUAAGACCCUGAACGGGACACAGUGGUCCUGUCAUAGCCACAGCCACAGCCUGCGCACCACGAGGCCCUGUGGUCCCAAAGCCCCUGCCUGGAUUCCGGAUUCUUCCCACAGCCCAGGCUUCCUGGGACCCCGGGGGGGCCUGCAUGGGGCCACCGGGCCCUUGACCCCAGGGCACCGUCCCCUCCCUGAUGCCUGCGGGCGGCUCCUGGCCCCCACCCCUGACUCCGGGUCUGAGCCCCCAGCCCGCACCCCACGCCCUCCACCCCUGACCCCGGGUCUGAGCCCCCAGCCUGCACUCCACGCCCUCUCCCUGCAGUUGCUGCUGCUGCUGUUCCUGGCCGUCUCCUCCCUGGGGAGCUGCAGCGCUGGGAGUCCAGCGCCCGUCCCCGAGAAUGACCCGGUGGGCAUCGUGGGGGGCCACAGCGCCCCCCAGGGGAAGUGGUCGUGGCAGGUCAGCCUGAGGAUCUACAGCUGCCACUGGGCCUCCUGGGUGCCCAUCUGCGGGGGCUCCCUCGUCCACCUCCAGUGGGUGCUGACCGCCGCCCACUGCAUUUUCCGGAAGGACACCGACCCGUCCACCUACCGGAUUCACGCCGGGGAUGUGUAUCUGUACAGGGGCCGGGGGCUGCUGAACGUCAGCCGGAUGGUCGUCCACCCCAACUACUCUGUCUUCUUCCUGGGGGCAGACAUCGCCCUGAUGAAGCUGGCCACCAGUGUGAGAACAACAAACACUCUCGCAGCAGUCGCCCUGCCGUCACAGUCCCUGGAGUUCACUGACAGUCACAACUGCUGGACCACAGGCUGGGGCAUGGUCGGCUUGUUUGAUAUGCUGCCGCCUCCUUACCGCCCGCAGCAGGUGAAGGUCCCCACACUGAGCAAUGCAGACUGUGAGCAGCAGACCCAGGAUGCUUUUCCUGGUGCUGGAGACAGAAAGUUCAUCCAGGAUGACAUGAUCUGUGCCGGCCGCACGGGCUGCCAGGGUGACUCAGGCGGCCCCCUGGUCUGCCAGAAGAAGGGUACGUGGCUCCAGACGGGAGUAGUGAGCUGGGGAUUUUACAGUGAUCGGCCCAGCAUUGGCGUCUACACACGAGUCCAGACCUAUGUGCCCUGGAUCCUGCAGCAAAUGCACCUCUAAGCCCCAGGCCCCUCCCAGCUCCCCAAGAAUCCAGUUCCUUCCUCGUCCUGGCCCCUCUGCUCCCUGAGCCUUCCAGCACCCACCUUCUCUGCUCCUCCAUCCCACAUGGUCCUCACUCCCCUUCACCUUUUCAGA